UAUUUCGUGAACUUUCCAUCGGUCAACAACCCUGGACGUUUGGCCACACCGUUUGGCACAGUUUGAAUAUGUCUCGGCCCACGAUUAAGCACAAAUAAACGACGAGUGAAUAAAAUAAGCUAGUAUAAUGCAGCUUCAUCAAAUAUUUUCGGAGACUCCACGGUACAUCCUGAGCCUACUUUUUUGCUCAGCCUGCCUCGUUUCAGCUGAUUUUCAUGCGACCGAAAAAAACGUUCAGUUGAACGACCAUCUUACUCGAAAAUUGAGAGAAGCUAGAGUUUCUAUUGCGAAGGAAUUCAAUAAAGUCGACGAUGACAGUGAAUCUGUCAUUACGGUGUCGUACGACGUUGAAUGGGAAAAAAUUCGGAGUGACCUAUUGAAUUUCUCGGAACCACGAUUGGUGUUCAGACUAUUCGACAAAAUGUUCAUUUUGGAGGACAAUCGUACACUUUCGGUCGUCGUCAAAUCGGUGUCGAAUGAAACCAGUUUUGUGGCUCUGUUACCAAAUCCUUCUUUCUUACGUCAGAAGCAAUCAAUUAAACUGGUCAAGAGUAUCGUUUGGAAGUCGAGAUUGUAUCUGCUCGUGUGUGAAGAAGACGAUUGCACUCUCUACAUCGGGGAAAAUGAUUCUCAACUGGAACACGGACAGACAUUGAACCACCCAGGAAUGUUUGAUGCUACUUUUUUUACAAGGGAUAAUCGACUCUAUCUCCUCGUCACUCACGAUAAAACCGUCGAAUUUCUUGGAUCAUCAACCAUAUAUCAUUGGACCGGUACUUACAUGGACAUAAUUCAACCGAUCGAGACAGUCGGCGACGUUUUGGUAACAGUGUUCAACUACGGGAGAUCGACGAUCAUAGUUUUCGGGCAACCUGCAUCCGACGGGGGCUUGGAAAUUUACGAGUACUAUAAAAACAGGAUCGAGAGAAUUUCAUAUCUUCCAAUAAAUGGGCCAAUCUCUGUAAUUCAUUAUCAUCACGACAGACUUGAUUUUUUGCUGAUUAUAAACAAACAGGAAGCGAGCAGGGUUUAUUGGUGGGAUGGUGCAGGCAGAGAAUUUCUACACUGGGUUGAUAUUUUGGAUAUUGUAACUCCGCACAAGGUGAAAGUUGCUCAACUCGAUGACGAUACGUUUUUUUUCGUCUCUUACGAGAGCUCGGUCUGUUUGUACAAAGUGACGAGAUCCAAGAUCAUGCGUUUGGAUAUUCUGGAUUUCAAGAUCACUGGUGAAAAUGUCAUCGACAUGGAAAUACGGAUCGACGAGAAAGCGAAGCUGCUUACAUUGAUCGUCGUUACGUUCAAUCCAUCCCUGAAUCAGUAUCGCAUCGAGCCGUGGAAUCUUCACAUAAGAAGGAAUCGAAAAAAUAAGGCUGAUAUACAAGGCGCGAUCGAUACGACUGAACAAUGCUUAUCUGCAUUGUCCAGUAAGCUCAACGACAGAAUGAUUCAUGUGGAGAAUUUGACGCAAAAUAUUUGGCCCCAGCUCUUGAGUUCCGAAGCUGAUAUUGUGAACCCAGGAAAUCUCGUCGUUCCAGAGCUCAUCCUGGGCUCUUUGACCGGAGAAAAUGCUAUCAAAAUCGGCUCGAUCGAAAUCGAUACUGCGGGGAACGAUACUGAACUGUUGCUACCGAACGAAAUAAACGGAGCAGUGAAAACCACGUCGAUUCUCGCUUCCAAGAUUCUCAACGAUUCUCUUCAAAUGUUGAAGAUUGACGGGAACAACACACUCACGGGUAACGUGGUCGUCGAAGGGGACUUGAAGUGCCGUGAGCUUCGUACAAGCUCUUUUCGCACGAGCAAUUUCAACGGACAAGAAAUCAAUUUUGAAGAUUUUUCGGCUGCGGCGAUAACGGCAACGACCGAUCAAACGUUCAACAACUCGAAACUCCGAGGAAAAAAUGUCACUGUACGAAAUUUGGAAAUCGAUCAAUUGUGCGGAAUUCCUCACGAAUAUUGGCUGCGAGCUGAAAACGAAUCGAACAAUAUCUUCAACAGUCACAACUUGACUGACGUAACGAUGGAAAACGACACAAUAACAGUGGAAAGUAAACACGGAAUUUUGACAGUUUCGUUACGCGAUCUCGAUUUACGUACACUCGAUGACAUUAACAUUACGGAUUUGUUCCAUCAUCUGUUUAUUCCUGGUAAAACUCAGCGAAUAAAAGGUAAUAUUCUGCAAAAAUAUGGUAGCUGGAAUACCAUAAGUGUUGCGAACCUUGUAGCCGAAAAUUUGAACGGGGUCGCAGCGGAGAAUUUACUAACCAUUGCCACCGAUCAAAAUAUCACGGGCCAUUUGUAUGUUUCUGCAAGAAUGCUGCUAAAAAAUGUCGUAGCUAAGAGGAUCAACGGUAUCGAUGUCGCGGACUUUGCUAUGGUAUCAAAAGAAAAUCACUUCAAAGGUGAGCUAACAGUGGCGAAGUUGAGAAUAUUGAAUCACUUGGUAGUCGAGAACUCGGAAAAAUUCACGUUGGAUCCACCAGUUCAAGUUUACGACAGUGUCACAGUUUUGGGUAACGUGAGAGUAAAAAAUAUUGAAUUUCAAAGCGGAGCAAAAUCGUCUCUUUCUCCAUUGUCAAAACUCAACAAACAAUAUUGGACGAAAUCAACGAAGCAGAGGAUAAAAAACCGUGUGAUUUUCGACAAGGGUUUGCGAGUGGAUGAACUGAAGGUUGAUUUUUUGAACGAUCUUGAUCCGAACAAGGAUAUAAUGAUGACGAAUACGUCAGAAAUUUUCGCGCUAUCUAAUUCACUGGAAUUUAAAAAUCUAACGGUGAAACAUUUUGUGCGUGUGCCUUUCGGAAACGACAAUUCUUCAUCAGCCAUUUCGCCUCAAAGAUUGUACGAAGACUCGCCGGAUUCGCUCAUAAUCAACGAAGAAAUUCGGAUCGAACGAUUGAGCGUCGCGACUUUGUUCAUCGAGAACUUCAACGGUGUACCGGUUAACGAUAUUAUGACUGGAAGUAAUGGAAUUCCAAAACCUUACGUUUAUCGAGACCUGGAUUCGGUGCAGAAGUUCGAAACUUUGACUGUGAAAGAGCGGUUAGAGGUAGAGGAUUUGCAUUUGAUGUUCGUUCAUGACAGUGAUGGACCGAAUAAGGACCAGGAAGCAACGGAAGGGAAAAGGGUCGAUAAUCGUUUUCCACGAAGGAACGAAAACUACACAAUUCACAGUCUCAAGAGUGAUAAAUUGAAUCUCGGAGAUCUUGCUAUAGAUAAUAUUGCAGGAAUGAGUAUUCGCGACUUUAUGAGCCAUCGGAAUAGUUGUUUUUUCGGAAGAAGCGAUUACAGCUCGAGUCUUGACUUGGGAAAUUGUUCAUACCUGACCAUCGAGGGUGAUGCUUUGAUCGAAGGAGAUCUCGAAGUUUCGACAAUCAAUGGGAAAAAACUUGAAACUUACUUCGAUGAUUUGGUAACCGGAGAUUUCCUGUUUGAUUCUAACAACACGAUUGUCCUGAAAAAUCUUACAGUUCACAAAAACAUGACGUUGAACGUCAUCCAAGGUGUUCAUUUUGAUACAUUGUACGAAAAUAUUUUAUCAAAAUCCCGAGCACAAAAUUUGGGUAGCUCGAAAAUUUCGUUCUCCCAAAUAUUCGUCGAUGAUUUGAUCACUGAGAAGAUAAAUGAUCGUUAUACAAAUGAUUUGAUUUACAUUGAUUCCUCCGAAAUGAAGUUUGACGGAGACGUCGUCUUCAGCAACUUGAGCAUAUCUUCGUUGGAUCCAGAAUCGAUGCCAAAUAUUCGUACGAAGUAUCUCAAUGGUUAUUCGACGCUUAACAACGAGCUAUCCGAAAAACUGGGCACCAUAUCGCCGCAGUGUAUUGCCAGCUUGAGAGUCCGUGGGAGCGUAUUUUGGAGGGGAGAUGUCACUGGAAACUCGACAAAUUUAUCAAAGUUCGAAACGAUUGCGAGGUACUCUUUGCUUCGAAAUAAAGAAUCGGCCGUCGUGAUUGAUACGAAUGGAACAGAAAGUACGGUCAUCAAGAGCACCGAAGGAGUUUUUGUUACUUGGAUGAGGUCAAAGGUGAACGGAACGUUCAGAGAUGAACGUGGUGACGGUAAAAUUGACGUCGAGAACAUUCUUCGAGAUUCUGUCCUCGACGUCUCGUCGCCGUCUGGACAACCAAGUGACAUUCAAAUUGGAGGGAAAAAAAUUUUCAAAAAAGAUCUCAAAAUCGCUCGUUUAACGGUACUCGAGGAUAUUGAUAUUAAGAGACUCAAUAGUUGGAGUAUCGAUGAUUUAAACUCGUCGAUUGUUCUAGUGGAUUUGUCCAAGAAUGACAAUGUUUUUCCCACGAUGAAUAUGAGUGUGACUUUUCGAAACAGCGUCUCGGUCAGAAAGCUCGUGAUCCACGCUAACAGAAAAGGCCCCAAAGUCGCUUCGAAUUCUUUGCUCAUUCAUGGCUUACCAAUCGAUGGAAUUUUCACUCUGAGUGACACUCAGGAUUACGAUAAAGUUUUGCCCGACUCAACGUACUUUGAACAUCUCGUCGUACUUGACAAAGCUCGGGUCAAAUAUCUCGAUUCAGUAGAUUUCGAUGAUUUUGCACGCAACCGAGUUAGCUUGAGUUCGGAUUCGAAAAUCCCCAUCGUCAUUCAUGGGAAUAUACAAUUCAAUGGAAUCGUUCGAGUCUCUGGAAAUGCAUCAAUCGGUGUAAUCAAUGGUAUCGUGCCGUCCGAUCUCGUUCUGAAUGGAUCAUCAGAAAAUCAAAUAAUCGCUGGCAACAAAACGCUUAUUUCCGGAGACCUUGUGAUCCAAGGAGAGGCCUGGGCGUCUCAAGUAGCCGGAAUAAACUUAACAGAAGCAUAUAACAACGCUGUUCUGAAUAAAGAUCAAGUCGAAAUAUUCGGUGAUAUUAUUUUUGAAUCGGACGUCGAAAGGUCACCAGCCAAGCUGGAAUCGGACAGUUCAACGGCCGUAAUUUCCGGUGGGAACAUAGAAGUUUCCGGAGGAUUUGUAAAUGGAAUUUCCCUCAAAAAUGUAUUUUCGAGUCAAGAUACGAUGCAGGAGAAUUUUCUGCUCGAGCUUGGAAGGCAUAAGAGCGAGCUUGAGGCUCGGAUCGCUCGAAUCUCGAAGGUUCAUUUGCCUGAGAUUUUCUUUUACUUCGAGGAGGAAAAUCAUUUAGCAAUAAGCGAGGCGGCAAAUGUCGAACGAGUCCGGGUCACCAAAUUACAGGAAUCGAGUAUAUUGAGCUUGUACACAAACGAAUUAGGAAAUAACUGUGGACUGGCGAACGAGUGCUUCUGUCGCAGACAAUACGUCGCCGAGCUAACCGGACCAGGCGACGAUUGCCGAAGCUGGAAAGUUCAUGGGCCUCGUGUUUUUUACCAUUUUCGUGAUCCGAGUGGUGCGUUCGCAAUAAACGUAGCAACGACCACGGUCUCGAGAGACAAACGCUGCACUCUGUUCAGCAGCAAUUCGGAUCGUAAUGAAUCAACGAUUACCGAAUUUACGACGAUAUCGUGGUUGAAACAUGAACGAGAGCAUCUCUUUCUACACCGCCAGUCCUCGGCAAACACUUCCGAACCGAAACUAAUUGAAAACGACCUCAAAAUUUACGGCUACGUGAGCGAUACCGCAGUCUUCACCCAAAAUGAUGCGAUAUAUAUCGUGUUAGCGAUAUAUUACGAUCCAAUUAAAUCGAGUCAUAAAACAAAUUCCUUUGUUUAUGUCCUCGAUCUUGCAACAAACGCAUUAAAACUGCUUCAGUAUAUACCGACGAGUUACGCAGUUGGCGUUGAAGUUUUUCAAAUACCGAACAAAGGUCAUCACAUAUUUUUCUCGAGUUAUGCCGAUGGAAAAGCAACAGAGUCACAACUCUACAGGCUCGAGACACACUCGUCUGAGUUCCGGCUACUGAGAAGUUUUCCGAGCGGUGGUAAUCGACAUGCCAAAAGUGUUUCACGACACAAAGAAGAAUUCCUUUUUCUUGACGAUGUUGCAACGACGUCGAUGAAUGUCUAUCGUUACGAUACGAAAUGGGACAAUUUUCAUCUUCAUCAAAACAUUUUUUACGAUUCCAUGGCCCCUGUUACCUCAAUCGAGACCUUUUAUACUGGUGAAUUCCGGUCCGGUCAAGUGUACGUCAUCGUAGUGACAGAACGCGAUCAAUUUUUCGUCUACGAAUACACGUUCAUGAGCAGAUUUCAGCUGAUCGUAAAGAAAAAAAUCGAUGGAAUUCUAUCGAUGGUGCCGUUCGACGUCGCAGAUCGGCGAUACGUAUUCGUUGGAAGCGACUCGAACAGUACGGUUUUGAGAAUCGUCGAGCAAGGCAAUGGACGAAAGAUGGAAUAGAGCGAAGAAAAAAACGUGUCGUACGCGUAACCGUUUUCUUGUUAUUGUUAAAACCUUAAUAUCGUUGCUUAUGUUAUUUUUUUUUCAACUUUUAUUUAUUUAUAAAAUGUAACCGUGAACUGUCUUGCAUCUCAGGCACUCAAUAAAAUUUUGUAACGACUUUCA